GCACGGUCCGCGCCCUCCCGUUCGUCGUGGUGAGCGAGGCCGUGCCCACUGACCGGCUUCGCCGCGGCUACCCGCCCUUAGUGCUUCCUUGUUGGCGGCGUGUGAACCAUUCGGUGUUCCGGAAUCGGUUCUCAGCAUACCGGACCGGACCGGGACCUCGACGGCAGGGACGCGCUGUUGUGCCGCCUCGGCUGGCAGGUGCGGGUGCAAGCCCCAGCCCAGAGCAGGGCGAGUCAGCCGCGCGGUAAACGCGCGCUCCAGAGGCCUCCUCCUCCCAGAGGCCAGCCGGCUCAAGAGUUGGGCAAACUCUUUGGUGCAAGGGAAGUGGUUUUACUUUAAAUAAAGAAUAUGGUGAAACUCAUUCACACACUAGCUGAUCAUGGUGACGAUGUCAACUGCUGUGCCUUCUCCUCGUCCCUCUUGGCUACUUGCUCCUUGGACAAAACAAUUCGCCUGUACUCCUUAAUUGACUUUACUGAACUGCCAUACUCUCCAUUGAAGUUCCACACGUAUGCUGUCCACUGCUGCUGUUUCUCUCCUUCAGGACAUAUUUUGGCAUCAUGUUCAACAGAUGGUACCACUGUCCUGUGGAGUACUCAAAAUGGACAGACUCUGGCAGUGAUGCAACAGCCUGGUGGUAGCCCCGUGAGGGUUUGCCGGUUUUCCCCAGACUCCACUUGUUUGGCAUCGGGCGCAGCUGAUGGAACUGUUGUUUUGUGGAAUGCGCAGUCAUACAAGUCAUAUAGAUGCAGUAGUGUUAAGGAUGGCUCCUUGAUGGCCUGUGCAUUUUCUCCUAAUGGAAACCUCUUUGUCACUGGCUCCUCAUGUGGAGAUUUAACAGUGUGGGAUGAUAAAAUGAGGUGUCUGCAUAGUGAAAAAGCACAUGAUCUUGGUAUAACCUGCUGCGAUUUUUCUUCACAGCCAGUUUCUGAUGGAGAACAAGGACUUCAGUGUUUUCGAUUGGCAUCAUGUGGUCAGGAUUGCCAAGUCAAAAUCUGGGUUGUUUCUUUUAGCCAUGUCUUAGGCUUUGAAUUAAAGUAUAAAAGUAUACUGAGUGGGCACUGUGCUCCUGUUCUGGCUUGUGCUUUUUCCCAUGAUGGGCAGAUGCUAGUCUCGGGAUCAGUGGAUAAGUCUGUCAUAAUAUAUAAUACUAAUACUCAGAAUAUACUUCACACAUUGACCCAGCAUACCAGGUAUGUUACAACAUGUGCCUUUGCACCCAAUACCCUCUUGCUUGCUACUGGUUCAAUGGACAAAACAGUAAAUAUCUGGCAAUUUGAUCAGGAAACACAUUGCCAAGCAAAGAGCAUGGAAGAUCAGCUGAAGCAAUUUACUGAAGAUUGGUCAGAGGAGGAUGUCUCAAUGUGGCUUUGUGCACAAGGUUUAAAAGACCUUGUUGGUAUUUUCAAGACGAAUAACAUUGAUGGAAAAGAACUGUUGAGUCUUACAAAAGAAAGUCUGGCUGAUGAUUUGAAAAUUGAAUCUCUAGGGUUGCGUAGUAAAGUGCUGAGGAAAAUUGAAGAGCUCCGGACCAAGGUGAAAUCCCUUUCUUCUGGAAUUCCUGAUGAAUUUAUAUGUCCAAUAACUAGAGAACUUAUGAAAGAUCCUGUCAUUGCAUCAGAUGGCUAUUCAUAUGAAAAGGAAGCAAUGGAAAAUUGGAUCAGCAAAAAGAAGCGUACAAGUCCAAUGACAAAUCUGGUUCUUCCUUCAGUGGUUCUUACACCAAAUAGGACUCUGAAAAUGGCCAUCAAUCGAUGGCUGGAGACACAUCAAAAAUAAAACUAUUAGCUGACGUUGGUUCAUGCCUGAAAUCCCAGCGACUCAGGGGACUGAGGCAAGAGGAAUCCAAGUUUGAAGCCAGUCACAGAAGUUUAGCGAGAUCUUGUUCAAAAAAUUUUAAAAGGGUCUGGGAAUGUACCUCAGUGGCAGAGCACUCCUAGCACGUGCAAAGCCCUGGGUUUGAUCCCCAAUACUGCAAAAAUAAAUAAAUUGUUAUGUUGUAUUAUUUAUAUUUUCAGUGAUCUCAUUUGAAUUAAAUACUAAGCAAGCAUUAUUAAAAGCAAAACAGAAGGAAAAAUAAAUUUAGUUAUAAAAAUCUUCAAUUUUCAUUCUUUAAAAUUCAUGGACUUAAUUAUACAUCUUUUUUGUACUAAUGCAAAAA